AUGUCGAAUCCCCUGCCGUCCGUGCCUCCCAUGGCCAGUCCCCCGACUGUCAUUCCCGUUGAUUCGUCUUCUGGCCUUUGGGAUCGCAUCACGACCUGGGCCUCGGACAACAAGGCCGUUGUCUACACUGCUGCUGGUGUUGCUGUCGUCGCCACCGGUGCCGGUGUUAUCUACUUCCUCAACAGCGACUCCAAGAAGGAUUCGACACCAAAGCUGAGCAAGAAGGAGAGAAGGAAAAGAAAGGAGGCCGAACGAAAGGCCGCGGCAGACGCAGAGAAGCAGCCCACACCUGCAGAGGCUGCUGCCCCAACGCAACCCAAGGCUGCUGCCGUCGAGACCGCCGAUGAACUUCCCGAGAUCGAUGAAACCACUGUCGCGAGCUUCACGGCCGACCAGCGAGAGCAGUACGCCGCCAAGUUGAAGGAUGUCGGCAACCAAGCAUAUGGCAGCAAGGACUACAACAAGGCUAUUGACCUCUACUCCAAGGCCAUUCUCUGCAAGGCAAACCCCAUCUUCUACUCUAACCGUGCCGCCUGCUACAAUGCUCUGGGCAACUGGGACAAGGUCGUCGAAGACACGACCGCCGCCAUCAACCUCGACCCUGAAUACGUCAAGGCCCUGAACCGCCGCGCCAACGCCUACGAGCACCUGAAGAUGUACGGCGAGGCUCUCCUCGACUUCACCGCCUCUUGCAUCAUCGACAGCUUCAAGAACGAGAGCAGUGCGCAGUCUGUUGAGCGUCUGCUUAAGAAGUUCGCGGAACAGAAGGCCCAGGAGAUGAUGGCCAGCCGCCCCAACAAGCUGCCCAGCCAUACCUUCGUUGGCAACUACCUCCAGAGCUUCCGUGUCAAGCCUCUUCCGGCCGGCCUGGAGGACUCUGUUGUCCUGUCCGAGGAGACCGGCAAGGGUCAACUGCAGCUUGGCCUGAGAGCUUUGGAGAAAAAGACUGGCGAUGGCUACGAGGAGGCAAGAGCCGCCUUCGAGAAGGCCCUGGAGCUUGGCGACCUUGGCGAGUUCGAAGCCCUCGCUUACAACCUCCGCGGUACUUUCAGCUGCCUGCUCGGAAAGCACGACGACGCGAUGACGGACCUGACCAAGAGCAUUGAGCUGGACCCCUCCAUGACCCAAAGCUACAUCAAGCGCGCCAGCAUGAACCUCGAGCUUGGCGCUCCCGAGAAGGCCUCCAUGGACUUUGAGAAGGCCAUGGAACAGAACAGCGAGGACCCCGACAUUUACUACCACCGCGCUCAACUCCAUUUCAUCAAGGGCGAGUUCUCCGACGCCGCCAAGGACUAUCAAAAGUCGAUCGACCUGGACCGCGACUUUAUCUUCUCCCACAUUCAGCUCGGCGUUACCCAGUACAAGAUGGGCUCCAUCGCAUCGUCGAUGUCGACCUUCCGUCGUUGCAUCAAGAACUUCAAGGAAGUUCCGGAUGUCUACAACUACUACGGAGAGUUGCUUCUCGACCAGGGCAACUUCCAGGAGGCCAUUGAGAAGUUCGACAGCGCCAUUGACAUGGAGUCCAAGACGAAGCCCAUGGCCAUGAACGUUCUUCCUCUUAUCAACAAGGCUCUUACCCUCUUCCAAUGGAAGCAGGACUUCGGCGAGGCCGAAAAGUUGUGCCAGAAGGCGCUCAUCAUCGAUCCUGAAUGCGAUAUUGCCGUUGCCACCAUGGCCCAGCUUCUUCUUCAGCAGGGCAAGGUCACCGAUGCGCUCAAGUACUUCGAGCGCGCCGCUGAGCUUGCCCGCACCGAGGGCGAGAUCGUCAAUGCUCUUUCGUACGCCGAGGCGACGCGCACGCAGCUCCAGGUGCAGGAGAAGUACCCGAAGCUGGCGGCCAAGCUUCAGGGCAUUGGCCCGGGUGGCAUGCCCCGGUAA